UAUUUUUUUCCACUAAAAAUUCAUUAUCCCUCGAAUAUUGCUACUCUAGACAUCCACCUAGUUUCAAGUAUUGAGAAAUUCGGCCCUGCUUGGUUACAAUUAUCAAGAGUCGAAUCUGAUGCUGAUAAAUUUGAUAACUUGAACGAAUCAAGUGAAGAAAAAAAUACACAAGCAAAUUCAGUUGCUUUACUUACUGCUUGAAAAUCAACACAGUAAUUGAUCAUUGAAAGGAAACUUUCAUUAAAAUGAUGUAUUAUCACAGGAAAGUGUGGAUUUUAUUUUUCAUUUUACUCCAACGGAAAAAAGGUGUGUUUUCAACGCAAGAGAUAUCCUCCGAAAAUGACAUCACAAAACAUUUAAACGAGUCGAUCACCAACAUACUCGCAAUUGGCGUUGAAAAUGCAACCGAAAUAAUUUCCACAGUGAAAGACCAUAAACUAAUGGAGUUCGAAUACAAUAUCAGCAAACCAGUGGACCAAUUCCAAACCAAGUUAUUCUUUCAGAACAUUACCAUGGUAACGUAUAUCAAUUCAGAACCAAGAGAAUGGAUACCUCCGCAAAUACAUUUGGAAUUUCUCGAAAAUAAAAUUAGUUUAUUUUACGAAGAUCUCCGUUUCACAUUAGACGCGACCAUUGGCACGGUCAAAGGCGAAGAUUCAUCAAUAAUCAGAGCCUAUCCUGGUUUUAGAAACUUCACAUUAAUUGCUGUUAGAUCAAACGUCGAAAAUGACGAUUUGAAAUUCUCAUACAAUAUCACAUACAGCGGUUUCAGAGAUUGGAUGUCGAUUAUCCCGCGAAUAAAUUGGUACAAUAACAGUAACGCUUUAACACAAACUGAUCUAAACAAAUUAGCGCUAGAAAUGAUGCCAGCUUCUCUGGAAAUGAUACUCGAAAAUAUACACAAUAAUCGGAAUUUUUCUCGUUCAUUGGAGGAAAUUUUCCAAACGUACGAGAAGCCCAGAAAAGAAAUAAUUUCCAAACAUCCUGAUUUCAUGAACAACCAGCAAGAGUAUUACUACCUCAUAGCGGAAUAUCCCUUCAUGUGUUUCGCUCUAAAAGACAUCGUCAUCGGUGGGCUAUCGAAUUUCGAAUCAUUCAAAUUGAUUCGUAGGACAUCGGGAAUUUUUACUCAUACUUUACUUAUAAGAGAUGUUCGAGGAAAGAUGACUUUGGAUUAUAGAUCUGAAAACGAACCCGAUUUGGAAUUGAAUUUUCAAAUAGAUCAUCUUUUUGUAUCGAAAAAAGACGACAGUGGGUGUAUUUUUGUACACGCGAAAUACUACACUGUGACUCGAACAGAAACCAACGUUUCUUUGAGUGGUCUACAGUCAGAAGUGAUUAUGAAUGGGAUGGAAUCAGCCAUGGCUUCUGCGUUAUUUCCAUCCAUGAGGGCUGCAAGAAUUUGUGAUCAUGAGACCUCGUUGAACAACAUUAAAAUUUCAAACACAUCCGAUUGGGAAACAAUAAAAGAAAUUUACAAAGGAUGGAUCCCAUUUAAUGACGACUAUAGUGUUUCCUCAACGCCAGCUACACAUUCCGAAAACGAUAUCACAAAAUAUGUAAACGACUCGAUCACCAAUAUAUUCGCAAUUGACGUCCAGAAUGUAAUCGAAUUAAGUUCAAUAAUGGAAUACUUUAAACUGAAGGAGUUCGAAUACGAUAUCAGCGAAAAUGUGAGCUCGUUCCAAACAAAGUUUUUCUUUCAUAACAUUACCAUGUGGAGAUGUGAAAACAUAGAAGCUGAAGAAUUAACACCUCCGCAAAUGCAUUGGGAAUUUCUUGAAAAUAAAAUGAGUCUAUUUUACGAAGACUUCGGUUUCAUAUUAAGAGGGAUGAUUGACGUUGGCGCAGUCAAAGGCCAGAAUUUGUCCAUAAUCGUAGCAGAUCCUGUUAGUUUCCGUAAUUUCACAUUAACUGCUGUUAGGUCGCACAUCGAAGAUGGCGAUUUGCAAUUUGCGUAUAAUACUACACAUACACACAAUGAUAUCCAAAAUCUUGAAAAUCGGAUAAGAUUUACACCGGAUUUAUAUCGGUCCGAUGAAAAUGUAUCAACAAGUGAUAAACAACGACUAGCGCAACAAAUAAUGUCUGCUUCGCAAGCAAUGAUGCUCGAAAAUCUACACAAAAAUCGAAAUUUUGCUCAAGCGUUGAAGGAUAUUUUCCAAGUAUACGAGAAGCCCAGAAAAGACAUAAUUUCAAAGCAUACGGAUUUCAUAAACAGCCCGCAUCAAUAUUACUACUUCAUACCCGAGCAUACUUUUGUUCAUCGUUUUAUUCUGAAAAACAUCUUCAUAGGUGGACUAUCGAAUUUUAAAUCAUUCAAACUCAUUCGCAGGCCAUUUGAAAUUUUCACACAUACUUUACUCAUAAGAGAUGUUCGAGGAAAGAUGACUUUGGAUUACAGAUCGGACAACGAAACCGAUUUGGAGCUGAAUUUCCAAAUAGAUUGUCUUUUCGUAUCGAAAAAAGACGACAGUGGAUGCGUUUUAGUCCAGGCGAAAUACUACACUGUGACUCGAACAGAAACAAACGUUUCUUUGAAUGCUCGUCAGUCAGAAGUCAUCAUGGAUGGACUGGAAUCAGCUAUAGCUUUAUCGUUAUUCCCGUCUAUGAAUGCUGCAAGGAUUUGUGAUCGAGAGAUACCACUGAACAAUAUUAAAAUUUCAAAUACAUCUGAUUGGAAAACUGUACAGGAAAGCUACAAAGAAUGGAUUCCAUUUAAUGAAGGCAAAAUUACGAAAUAAUAGCAGCCAGCUGCCUUCACUACCUAAUUUAUUUGUUUAGAAAAGCCCUAUGAGUGAAAAUGUACCUAUAUGGAAUAAACAGGAUAUGAAAAAUCGGCAAACCUUCAAUAUUUGAAUUGUGGAAAUUCAAAGUAUGCUAAGUGCCGUUGCCAUUUUUUCGAAACGCGUUUUUUCAACGCAACGUAUACUAUAGUGUUAUUGCGCAUCCAUAACAAAAAAAUUUCAAACACAAAUGAAAUCUAUUUCAAUCUUCUCGAUACCAGGAAAUUCUCAAAUAUACCUACCAUUUAAAAUCACUCUAAAGAUGCUAAAAUUUUAUUGAAUGAAAAAAAAAAGAUGAGUUGAUAAGAAAAUUGCCCACUGGCUGCUGAAGGGUCGUGGAGGGGGUGUAUCUGAAGGUAAAAUAAGCUAGAAAUGUUUUUUACAAACAUCCAUAAGCUAUUAUAACAUCUGUAUUAGCCAAACACUAUCUGUAUUUUCAUACAGAAAUUAAUCACAGAAAUUUCGAUGUUAUCUUUUGAUAAAUUACUAUAAACUCUCAUGCGGUACUCUACGUGAGCGUAAACGUGCGCCAACUUUCAUCCAAUAUGUAUCUGAAUCACACAAUAAAAAUUUUAAUCCUCUUGCUGUUUCAAUUCAAAGAAAUAAUCCCCACAAAGGCGAUAAAUUUAGAGAAUGACAUCACAAAAGCUGUAGACGACUGGAUAUCCAAGAUAUUUGAGAUCGAUGCUGAAAAUGCUGAAGAUUUAUUCGGUAAAUUAAGUUUGUACCAUCUGGACGAAUUUGAAUACAAUUCCAGCCAAACAUUGGAUAAUUUUGGACCGAAGCUAUUUUUCCAAAAUAUUGAAUUUCGUCAAGUUAAGAUAUGUGAUUCGAGUAAGUCGAAGUCAGAGUCAGAGUCGCACGAAUGGGACCAGUCGUACCAACCAUCGAUUCAAAUUUAUUGGAAAUUCCCCGAAAACAAAAUCCGCAUAACACUCGAACAAUUUGGCGUAAGAAUAAAAGGAACAUUAUGUAAGAAAAAGAACCAACCAUAUGCCGACUUCAGUGCUUAUUUAGAAUUUGAAAACACGACGUUUGUUGUUGUCAACAACCAAUCAUCAACUAAACUCGACCUGAUGAAAAUUUCCCACGAUUUUUCGUACACGUACAAUGAUUUCCAGCAGAAACACGUUCAGUAUGAAGGGGCAAUGGAAUGGACCAGCUUUGAAAAAGACUUGGCAAAUGAAACCUCCGGCAAAGAUUCACAUCAAAAAAAUUACCGUUUAGACCCACCUAGUGAUACGAGUAAUUAUAUUGACCCGUUAACAAACACAGACAGCUCAGAGUUAGACGUUUCGUAUGAAAAUGAGGAUGAUGACGUAAGCAAAACGCACUUGGCACGUCAGCGUCAUAAAACCAAUACAAUUUCGUCAAAAGAAGAAGAAAAAAUAACCCAAGAAAUUACUCCCAUAUUUCCACUAAUGCUACGUGAGAAUCUCAAACACAAUCGUAAAUUCAUCCAAUCCCUUGGUAAGCUUUUUCAAGCAUACAGCCUGCCUAAAAAUAAAAUACUGACCAGACAUCCGGAUUUCUGCAAUCAUCCAAGAAAAUUCCACUACCUCAUACCAAAAACCCCUUACUUGUGUUUUACUUUGAAACGUAUCGUGAUCAGUGGAUUAUCGAAUCUGGAAUCUUUCAAGGUUCAGAAUCAAAUAGAAUCUGGUAAUGGUAUUUUCUCACAUACCUUGAUGAUUAGAAACGUCGAAGGAACUAUGACUCUGGAUUAUGGGUUUGAGGACGAACCACCUCUCAAACUGAAUUUCCAUGUGGAUUGUCUUUUUAUAUCGAAAAAAGAACGUAGCGAUUGCGUCUAUGUGCAGGCGAAAUUUUACCAAGUUAGUCGAGCCAAGGCGAAUACAUCUUUGACGAUUCGUCAAGCUGAGGUGAUGAUGAAUGGACUAGAAGCUGCUAUCGCGUCUUCUAUUUUACCAUCGUCGGCUGAAGUUGGAAAAACAUGCGAGCUAGAAACUCCGUUGGAAGAAAUUACUCGUAAAAUCGCAAAUACAUCAGAUUGGGCUGCAAUAAAAGAGUCAUACAAAGGCUGGAUUCCAUUCAAUAACGAUGCUGAGAAAACGAACCCUGCAGAGAAAUUUCCUUACAAUGUUUUUCAACGUUGAACAACAAUCUGAAUAACUCACACAGCCCAUUGAAAGCUAAAAUGACAAAACUCGAUUCUAAAAAAUAUGUUCAUUAAUUUAGAUACUUUUAAGGUUUUUAUUACGCUAAAAGAUUAUUAAUCUUUAUUAAAUAAAAUAUUUUUCAACUGAUAA